AUGACAGGAAAAUUAACAUUCAUUUUGCUAUUUGGGAUAGCGUUUUGUUUAGCCCUUGCAAACGCACGUGGCAUUGAAUAUGAAGAACAUGACUUAGAAGUUUCACCAUCAGAUCAUCAUGAAUGGAAAAAAGGUCAUGAAGAAGAUCAUCAUCACGAACACCAUGAAAAAAAAGGUGAAAAAGGACAUAAAGGACAUAAAAGCCAUCAUGAGCAUCAUAAAGGUGAUAAAGGACAUCAUGAUAAAGAGCAUAAGAAAGGACACCAUGAUCAUGAGGAUGGAUAUCAUAAACAUCAUCAUGACGAUCAUCAUCAUCAUAAAGAACAUAAAAAAGGUGAAAAGCAUAAGAAAGGACACGAUUUUGAAGAUCAUCAUCAUUACAAAAAGGGACAUCAUGAGCAUGGGAAACACGAUAUUCAUAAACAUGAUGAAGAUAAAAAGAAAAAACAUUAUUGGGAUGAAGAUCAUGAUGAAGGACAUCAUGAAGAUCAUGGACAUUGGGAUGAAGAGAAGAAACAUAAAAAGGGUGGCCAUCAUAAGAAGGGACAUCAUCAUCAUAAGAAACAUCAUGAUCAUCAUGGUAAAAAGGGACACGAAAAGAAAGGAGGACAUCAUCAUCAUCAUGAAGGACAUAAGGGUGAUAAGAAACAUGAAGAUCAUUGGGGACAUGAUGAACAUUAUCAUAAGAAAGGUGGAGAUCAUCAUCAUAAAAAAUGGCAUCACAAGAAGGGACAUAAAAAACACUAA